AUGUCGAUUACGACGGUCAACGCCAUAUCAUCAGAUGCUCUUCGAAUGAGAGCGCAACAGAACGGUCGUGAGCAACGUGUCGAAGUUAAUCAAAGAAUGCUAAUAGAUAAAAUGCUUGCUCGUUAUUCAUCUGAUUUCGUUGUUUGUCGUGAACUUAUUCAGAAUGCUGAUGAUGCUCAAGCAACAUUGUUUCUUUUUGAAAUAACAUGUGAAACUUCGAACAUUGCUUUGGAUAUGCAAUCAACACCAAUCAAACAGUCAAAUACCAGUGAUGUGACGACAGACAAGACACAAAUUUGGAUGUCCUCAGCUAAAACCAAAACCACAUCAGGACCAGAGAAAUCAGCAUCUGAAAAUGAAUCACUAUUGUUGUCGAACAUGGCAUUGAAGUUUCAUAACAGUUCAAUAACAGAAAUUCGUGCAGUCAACAAUGGUAUUUUAUUUAAUGAGACUGAUUGGAAACGUGUAGCAUCUAUCGCUGAAGGAAAUACCAAUGUUGAUUCAGUUGGACAAUUUGGCGUUGGAUUUUUCUCUGUGUUUUCUUUUGCUGAAGAACCAAUAAUUACAUCUGGAAAUGAAUGCAUGACAUUUGUCUGGCGAGAUGAUAAUUCAUUGACAACAUAUCGUGAUCAACUAUCUGUCGAACAACAAUCAAAAUUAACUUCGGUUAUUCUCCAAAUGCGAAGUAAGCAUAUCUUACACACUCGCACAAAUUUAGAUAUCAAUAUGAAAACAUCGGAGAAAAAAGACUAUGCAUACAACAUUAAAUCAGCCCAAACAACAAAGAACAAUACAACUACACAAGAAAUUAUACCAACAAUGGAUCUCAAUCAACUCAAAACCUAUUUCACCAAAGCACUCUCAUUUACAAAAUAUAUCAAUGAAGUUGUUGUUAAAAUCAAUUGUUGUACAGUUUUUGAAGUAAAAAAAACAAAGAUACUACUGCCACCUACUCGAGGCACGUUACUAUUUAAGAAACAACCUUCGAUUAGUAAUAUGUUAAGUCUUAAUUCAUUUGUACAAACUGAACAAACAUUUACUAUUACCGGUGGUAGUUCAUUGACUCUAAAUCAUGUUACUGUCGAUGCAGGAGUUACUAUUGAUAAAGAAUUCCAUAAUCAUAUUCAACGUAUUAUGAAAAAAAGUUUACCAUCCAAUAUUCAGAUUCAACUCUUAUAUGCACGAGAUACCCUUAUUGCUAAAAAACAGACAGAAACAUCACCAGUCAACAGUGAUCCGAACACCGAAAGUCUACAUUCGUUAAUUCCAUUGAAGUUUGAAAAUGGUGAUAUCAUUCCAUCAGGUCUUGUAUUCAUCGGUAUUGGAACACAUCAGACAUCAGGCAUUGGAAUGCAUGUCUAUACCCAUUUAAUUCCGACAAUUGAACGUGAAAAUAUUGAUUUACAAGAUCCAUAUAUUGCUAAAUGGAACAGGGAACUUCUUGCAUCAAUCGGACAAAUUGCACGACGAAUCUAUGAUGGAGAAAUGCUUAUGAUUUCCAAUAACACUCAGAAAACAAUUGACGACUAUCUAAUUGCUCUCAGUUCAUAUUCAUUUCAACCAUCGGUGCCAAACAAUGUAGUCGGUAUGCCUUCAUCACGUUUUAAACUAAGAGAAUCGAUAUACGUUUUAUUUCUCUGA